AAAGCUAGUCGGGCGGUUUCUUGAGCCGCCUUGAGCCGCCGUAUCGAGUAACUACCGGGGGGAGGUGGGAAGGGAAGGAGAGCACGGCCUGAAGCGGGGGCGACGAACCAGCCAAGAAGAUGGCGUCCUUGUUCAUUACGGUGCAGCUCAAGAAGGCCUCCGAGGUGGACUUGGCCAAGCCUCUCUGCAAGUUCAUCCAGCAGACUUACCCGGGCGGCGAGUCUCAGGCCGAGCACUGCCGCGCCGCCGAGGAGCUCAACAAGCUGCGCAAGAGCGCGCUCGGGCGCUCGCUGGACAAGCACGAAAGCUCGCUCGAGACCCUCCUCAGAUACUACGAUCAGCUGUGUUCCAUAGAACCAAAAUUCCCUUUUUCUGAAAAUCAGAUCUGUGUAACUUUUACCUGGAAAGAUGCUUUUGACAAAGGCUCACUCUUUGGAGGAUCCGUCAAACUUGCUUUGGCAAGUCUGGGCUAUGAAAAGACAUGUGUGUUGUUUAAUUGUGGUGCAUUGGCUAGCCAGAUAGCAUCAGAACAGAAUCUUGACAAUGAUGAAGGAUUGAAAGCUGCAGCAAAACAUUAUCAGUUUGCUAGCGGUGCCUUCCAGCAUGUAAAAGAUACUGUCCUGUCUUCGCUAAACCGUGAACCUACAGUGGACAUUGCCCCAGAUACAGUAAGCACUCUGAGUCUAAUUAUGCUGGCCCAAGCUCAAGAAGUCUUUUUUCUAAAAGCUACCAGAGAUAAAAUGAAAGAUGCCAUCAUAGCCAAACUUGCAAAUCAAGCUGCUGAUUACUAUGGAGAUGCAUUCAAGCAGUGUCAGUACAAGGAUACCUUACCCAAGUAUUUUUAUUUCCAGGAAGUGUUUCCUCUUCUGGCUGCAAAACACUGCAUAAUGCAGGCCAAUGCAGAGUAUCAUCAGUCCAUACUGGCAAAGCAACAAAAGAAAUUUGGUGAAGAAAUUGCAAGAUUACAGCAUGCUGCCGAUCUAGUAAAAACAGUGGCAUCUCGUGAUGAAUAUAUAAAUGUAAAAGAAUUGUCUGACAAAAUCAGCCGUGCACUUACAGCUGCUAAGAAGGACAAUGACUUCAUCUAUCAUGAUAGGAUUCCUGAUCUUAAAGAUUUAGAGCCUAUUGGAAAAGCCAGUCUUGUGAAAGCUACUCCAGUGGUUGUUCCUCUGAGUCAGAAAUUUACUGAUUUGUUUGAGAAGAUGGUUCCUUUGGCAGUGCAACAAGCUCUUACCCUCUACAACCAAAGAAAGGCAGAUUUGGUUAACAGAUCAAUCGCCCAGAUGAGAGAGGCCACCAAUCUGGCAAACGGAGUGCUGGCAUCCCUCAAUCUCCCUGCUGCUAUAGAAGAUGUCUCUGGCGAUAGUGUUCCCCAAUCCAUUCUGCAGAAAUCUAAGUCUAUGAUUGAACAGGGAGGUGUCCAGACAAUUGAUCAGUUGAUGAAAGAUCUUCCUGAACUACUGCAGAGAAACAGAGAGAUUUUAGAUGAGUCUCUAAGGAUAUUGGAUGAAGAAGAAGCAACUGACAAUGAACUACGAAACAAGUUCAAGGAACGUUGGCAAAGAACGCCAUCAAAUGACCUUUACAAGCCUUUGAGAGCAGAGGGAGCUAAUUACAGAAAUGUCUUGGAUAAAGCUGUUCAAGCUGACAAACAAGUUAAAGAGCGUUACCAGGCACAUCGAGAUACUAUCUCACUGUUAUGCAAACCAGAACCGGAACUGAACGCUGCAAUUCCUUCAGCAAAUCCAGCAAAAACUAUGCAGGGGACUGAGGUGGUUAAUGUUCUGAAAUCUUUGCUAGCUAGUCUGGAUGAAGUGAAAAAGCAGAGAGAGCAACUCGAGAAUGAUCUUAAAGCAAUAAACUUUGACAUGACAACUACAUUCCUGACAGCGCUUGCAAAGGAUGGUGCUUUAAAUGAGGAAGCAAUUUCUGUAACAGAGUUGGAUCGGCUUUAUGGUAGUCUCACCCAUAAGGUCCAAGAGACCUUGAAAAAACAGGAAGAGCUGCUCAAUAGCAUUCAGAAUUCACAUCAAGAAUUUUCUAAGAUGAAGCAAUCAAAUAAUGAAUCCAAUUUAAGGGACGAAGUUUUAAAGAACUUAGCUGUAGCCAAUGACAACUUUGUGGAACUUGUGGCAAACCUGAAAGAAGGCACAAAGUUUUACAAUGAACUGACUGAACUCCUUCUGAAGUUUCAAAACAAGUGUAGUGACAUUGUGUUUGCACGUAAAACAGAGAGAGAUGAACUUCUGAAAGAUUUGCAGCAGAGUAUCGCUAGAGAACCCAGUGCUCCUUCUUUCCCUUCUGUGCCUGCAUACCAAACGGGUCCUCCUGGAGGAAACAAACCUCCCUCAACUACUCCAACUCCAGCACCCAGAACCAUGGUGGCUAGCAAACCACAGCCACCAGCACGCCCUCCCCCACCAGUCUUUUCUACCGCCAAUACAGUCUCUGCUCCUGUACCAGCAUCCACUGGGACGCCAGUUCCUCCAGCUGCUUCUUCAGCUAGCACAGCACCUUCACAGGCUCAGGGGCCACCCUAUCCAACAUAUCCAGGAUUCCCUGGAUAUUGCCAGAUGCCUUUGCCAAUGGGCUACAAUCCUUAUAUGUAUGGCCAGUUCAAUCCUCCAUACACAGCUUCACCAAUGUACCAAAAUCCUGGACAAGCACCAUACCCAGCAGCUCAGCAGCCUGGAUACCCUUACCCACAACAACCCUAUUAUCCGCAGCAAUAACAUAUCUACAACAAAGCACUGCUUGUUAUAACUAAGAUAAACUUGCAAUAAGCAUACUAAAUCUUUAGUUCCAGAUAGUGUACCUCGCUGUAUUGAAAAAGAUCUGUAACUUCUUUCUUUGAUUAAAUACUCCAGAAGUCCUGUCCUCCCAGCUGAAUUCUGACUGCAUUAGACCUCUUGAGAAGGUGGCAGGCUGCUGCAAUACAGUAUGGACAGAAUUGGAUUACAGCAAAGUUCAGCCGUAUGAAAAUAUUCUUAAACUAGACCAGCCUGUUUCUUUAUAAAAGUCAUUUCCUAUAAAUAGCUACUUGGGUACUUGAGAUGAAAAGCAAAAUGGUAUAAGCACAGAGUGGUGUGUGGUCUGCAGGACUAACUAGCAUUUUCUUCUAUAUUAUAUUGGUUUGUAUUUUGGGUUUGAGUUUAGCUACCAAUAUGUUUUGCUUAAUCUCAAGGUAUUGUAAAUCAUAAAUGCAAAAUAAAGGGUAUAGGAUGGUUAAAAAUGUUAACACUAGAUAUUUUUAUUACCUCUUUGUACGUUUUUGAAGAUUGGGCAUGUUCCUUCGGGAAGUUGAGGUUUCUGCUAAGUGGACAAGGUUGAUUGUAUUUAACUUCCUGUACUAUAAAAACAAUCCCAUAAAUCAAGAUGUCCAGAAUGAGAGAGAAAAAAUAAAUCAACAUAUUUUUAUUGAAUUUUCCUAAAGAAUAGCUUUUGAGUUUUAACGUGUUCAUCUGGUUGUUUAAAUUGCUCUAGAUCCCUCUGGCUGGCAAGUAAACACUUCACAUUCAUUUUGAUACUUUGCUCCUGGUUUAUCAAAUGAUGUUUGCCUAUUUGAAGUGCUAUGAAUCUAGUAACUGCUUGCAGCAUCUCCAUCAGACCUCACUGCACAUGCCUGUGUAUACACGGAUAAUCUCAUUCAUCCUUCCAUCCCUGGAGGAAACUUGAGCUACAACUGUGAUAAAUAAUAAAAGUUAAUAUUUAAAUUCAUGUCAUUAAGCAUGUGGCUGAAUUUGAAAGGUUUGGAGUAGUGUCAGCGCAUCUUGCCACAGGUCAGUGUGACUGUUUAGUGAUGUAAAUUCUUCUGGAUGGAGCUUUUCUGUUCCAUGCAGUCACAUCCAGAAUGCAUGGCUGGUGCUGCUAGUAAGGACACUCUGUUGAAGGCAGGGACAUGUGACAAAUGGUUAACAAGGCAGAAAUCUUAGUCAUAAUCUCAGAGAUUAGUAAGCUCAGAUUGAAAGUACUAUUAAGCCUCAUACAGGGCAUUCAAAAGGGACCUACUUGGAAUUUGUCCAUAUAUGCAGAUAACGCUGUGCUGUUUAGACGCUUCUUGGUCUUUCAAAAAGUACCUCAAAUUUCAGGUACAGCUGGGGAUCCUAAUUUUUCCUCAAGCAAUCAGCUAUUUUACAUUAUUUUUCUAAUCAAGUGACAUCCUGUAAAUUAUGUUUUCCCUGGUGGAAUAGAGGAUAGGACUGAAUCUAGGAGACUAGAACUAAAAGAAAACACUCCAUUGUCAUACAUGCAGUUCAGGCUUCCAUCAUCACUAAUGUUAAAAUUUGUCACCAUUUCAUGCAUGUCCAGUCCAACAUUUGUCCAUCCCAUGUAUAAACACUGUGGGGAGCAGCUGCCUUUUCCGGUGCCAUGGGAGAAGACCUGUGGGGAACAUGUGUUUGACAUGCCUUGUAUACCUAUGUAGAUAAAGCAUUGUCUGCAUAUGUACCUUUGACAGACAAAAGGGGCAAAAUUAUCCUGUUAGUUUCAGGCAUAAAGAGCCCUCUCCUUCAUUGAAUAUCACUCAGUAUGACUUAAAAAAAUUCUCCAGGUCAUACUCUGAACUCAACUGAAUUAGACAUUUUGCACAAGUAAAGAUACCUAUGCCUUGAUGGUCUUAUUUGAAAUGGAUACAGGGUGUAAAGAACUUUCCACAAUUUGGUGGCUUCCAAACAUGUUGAAGUUACCACCUGUCCGUCCCAACUGGUACGGUCAGUGGUUGGGAAUGAGGAGUAUUCUCUUAAACAUGUCAAAAGAGGGUGAUUGUCUGAGGGUGGAUGAUGGACCUCCCUUUUCAUUUUACAAAAGGCACCAGGAGUGGGGUGUGUACCUCUCAGUUUCUUACUACAUUAUGUUAAUUCCUGAGCAUGAAGUAGGUCAAAUUUAUAAAAUGUUUUUAGUAUAAUGGAUUGAAGUUUGAAGUAAAUAAGGAUUUUUUUUUCUACCCAGUGAAGCAUAACGCUUAUAAAACAACUUGCAAAAUGAAAGUGUUAGUAGGGUGUUCUUAUUUGGUAGAAUCAUAUGUAAGGCAUCUCAUGAAAAAGCUGUCCUUGGUCAAAUAUCCACCAGUAUCUCCUGGACUAGAAUUACACAUUAAAGUCACCCUGUAUAGCAGAAUCCUAUAAAAUGGGGAUUGAAGAUUGUUGAUACUUCUAUGUUGUGCAUAAUGUUAGGGACAGGCUACCUCUGAAAAUACAUGUUAAGGGCAUAUUGCCUCUGAACAUACUAAAGCUUCAGAUUUCUGCAAUUUGAAUAGUAUGUUUUUGAAAAGAAUUCUCCAGUAGAGGGCAGUCUCAAAUCAUUAAAUGGACAAAAUGACCAUGUUAUCAAAAUCUCUCCCACUGCCAAAAAAGGUUGCUCUUUCGCUGUUGAUCAUUUUCAGAGCAGUUUGCAUAUAAAACUUCAAAUUGGAGUUCACUAUAAAAUCAUUCAAAGGUACAAAACAGUUAAGCAGAAAUUAAAAUGAGCUGUGUAAAUAAAAAGGCCUUCAUCUGGUGUCAAAAGAAAAUUUGACUUGGCAGCAGAAAAGCCUUGUUGGGGAAGGCUGCCUACCGUCUGUCUUACUUCUAAUGGGGAGACCCAGAGAUGGAUCUGAGAUGGAACUUAAAAUACUUGAACAAGUUCCUUGGGACAAGGUUCUUCCACAUUUAGGACUUUAGAAGUAACCUGCAGCAUUUUGAAUUUUGCUAAAAUAGGCAGAGUUGCAGUCUAGCUGGAUUUAACCUGGUGAGAUGUUCCUUACAGCUGAUCCCAGUCACCAGUCAAGCUGUUGUGUUUUGAACCAAUAACAGUUUCUGAACCCCUUUUAAUGGCAUGUUUCAGUGUGAUGUCUUCAAUAGUCCAAAUAUGAGAUCCCAGGAAAAAGGACAAUUGUGGCUAGUCGGGAAACAGCUGUUGCCAGGGCACAGUUGCAGGGUACUUGGAGUCACAGAGGCUACUUGAGCAUCCUCUGAGGAUUCAAGCUCUGAUUGCUUAGAGUGCCAACAUGGUCCUUCAAAGGCCAAACAGCCCUGCCCAGAACGGGCCGAGUCACCUGGGUCAACCAAACCACCCAGCAACAGUACUUCCAUCUUGUCUGAAUUGAGUUUCAGUUCAUAGCCUUCAUACAGCCCGCUACUCAGCUGUCUAUCCCAGUUAGCACUUUAGUAUUUUUGUAGCUUCACUUGAACAUCAUAAAAGGGAGUAGGUUUUCUACAUAUGUAUCAUAUCACAUUAAUGGAUUUUGUAUGAAUAGUUUUUAAUUGUGGCUUCCUUGCUAUAAAUUAAUAAUACAUUUCUGGAAGGAUUUCCUUUUGGAUAGUCCUGUAGUAUUUUCUAUGCACAAUGUAAGCAGAUUGAUCUACCCAUUGAAGGCCUACAUCUGCUUUUGGGGUUUCAAAAAUCUAUGUCUCGACUCAUAAUAAGAUGUUUUCAUGUAUAAGGAACAUAGUUGGACAGUUUCCAGAAAAUAUUGCUUAAGAUCAAUCUUGGAGAUUAAAAAAACCCAGAGGAAGGUGGAUAUAUUGCAGUUUUACUGAAUGUUUUUAGCUGGGGGAGGGGGAUGUGGCAUUUUAUCCAUGAUAAGAAUCUUCUUGGUGUGUUUACCUGUCAUGGAUGAGCAGUGGCUGCAGAACACAGAGCAGAGGGAGUGUGGGUGAUACUUUAGGUUCUAAAACAUACUAGGCAAUUUAGGUACAUAGUAGACGUGAGAAGUUUUCCCUUGGAGUCUGCUAUUUUAGAAUAAAAGGAAGGAAUUGCCCUCUAAUGUUGAACAAAGCAUUCUUUAAGAAGCCUGUUCAAAUAUUGUGGUCUCCUCGUCUGGCAACUUGAUGUUGAACAGCCCAAGAUUUUCACUGUUUGUGUUGUAUGGAUAAAUUGGUGGUGAUUGGUAGGAUUUGAAGAACCACUUGCAGUAGAUUGGAACUAAAUCUGUCUGGGAUGAUGCCAGCAUUUCAUAAUUUCACUUUAUUUGCUGUACUGUCCUUGCUUCAUCUAUCCCACCUUUCAUAUUUACUUGUGAUCCCUUGUUUGCAUAACCUAGCAAAAGAUGAUGCUAGGACCAAAUGUCUGGACAGCAUUUUAUAAAGGAAGCAGGGAGUUGAAAGUUAAAUAUUUGGUAUUAGGAAGUAGAACAUUGCUCUUGCUUUAUACUUCGUCAUCUUUCAGAUUCUUGUAUAUUUCAGUCAUCCCAUUUUUAGUUUUUCUAGUGCUUAUCUAGUAUAUACAUUGAGCAAACACAUUAGGCUGUCAAAUAUCACUAAUGUCUGAUGUAGAUAUAUAUUGGAUACGUCUUGGGUAAGGAAUAUGUGUAAUACAAUUAAAUAGCUCAAAUAAUUAAUUACUGUGUGCCACAAGCUACAAAAUAAUAGUUGGAAAAGAACCAAGCCUGGGCACGACACAUCCUGAGAUCCAACCAAUUUGAGUAUUGAUUCUGUGCCAAGAUAAUGCAGAGUUCAAACAUGUUCAGUCUCUUCCUGUCCUGGAAACAGUUCCACCAAAAUGCAAAUAAGCUUUUGUAUAGUUAUUUCCCU